CCCGGUGGUAGCCAUGGAGACGCGUGAGACGGUGCCUGGGAAGAAUGACCACCUUUGACCUCCUGCUGGGGCCACGUCAGAGGCUGCCACAGACGCAAGUUAGGAGGCGACGUCCCGCUGUGGGCCAACCGAGCUGCCGGGCGGUGGACCAAGCGGCUGGAGUGGGCUAGCUGCCAUGGAGGAUCGUGUGCAAGAUGGGGUGUCUUCAACAGCAACCUCUGGAACCGGGAAAUCUAAGCUGGAAACAUUGCCCAAGGAAGAACUUAUCAAGUUUGCCAAGAAGCAAGUGAUGCUAAUACAGAAAGCUAAUUCAAGAUGUACAGAAUUAGAGAAAGAAAUUGAAGAACUCAAAUCAAAUUCUGUUGCUGGAGGAACUGAUGAAAUUAUUAAGGCACUGACUGAACGUCUAAAUACUAUUCUUCUGGAAAAAGCAGAGACUGAACAACAUUGUCUUUCUCUGAAGAAGGAAAAUAUUAAAAUGAAGCAACAGUUCGAGGAUUCUGUAACUAAGAUGGAAGAUAUGCACAAGGAGUUUGAACAAUCACAAAGAAACUAUAUGAAGCAAAUAGAAAAUUUGAAAAAUGAAUUAAUGGCAGUACAUUUCAAACACAAUGAAGAUAAAACUAGAUUGCAAAAGGAAUUGGAAGAAGCAAAAAAACAGUUAGAGUUUUCAGAACAACUUAAAUUUCAGAGUAACUAUGAAGAUAAUGUUAAAAAACAACAAGAGGUUCAGAAAAUUAGGCCAGCCUAUGAGGAGCAAAUUUUAUAUCUGCAAAAGCAAUUAGAAGCUGCCACAAAUGAAAAGGAGCAAGAAAUUACUCAUCUCCAAAAUGUCAUUGAGUCUAAUUCUCAGCAUUACCAAAAAGAUAUUAAUAGUUUGCAAGAAGAACUUCUGCAGUUGAAAGCCGCAUACCAAGAAGAGGUGAAAGAAUUAAUGUGCCAGAUUUCAGCCUCUGCUGAAGAACAUGAAGCAGAAGAAAAUAAUUUAAACCGGCUAAAGGAGAACUUAGUUAAACAAUGUGAGGCAAGUGAGAAGAACAUGCAGGAGAAAUAUGAAUGUGAAAUAGAAAACUUAGGGAAAGCCUCAAAUGCAAACCAAGAAAAUCAGAUAUGUUCUUUGUUCUUACAGGAAGAUACUUUUGUAGAACAAAUAGUAAAUGAAAAAGUCAAAUACUUAGAAAAGACCUUAAAAGAACUAGAGUCUCAACAUAAUAUAUUAAAAGAUGAGGUAAUUUAUAUGAAUAAUCUUAAAUUAAAACUUGAAAUUGAUGCCCAGCAUAUAAAGGAUGAGUUUUUUCAUGAACGGGAAGACUUAGAAUUUAAAAUUAAUGAAUUAUUACUAGCUAAAGAAGAUCAGGGCUGUGAAAUCGAAAAAUUAAAAUCUGAGCUAGAAGAUUCAAAUAAACAAUUUUGCUAUACUGUAGAACAGCAUAACAAAGAAGUACAGAGUCUUCAGGAACAACAUCAAAAGGAAAUAUCAGAAUUACAUGAGACAUUUUUGUCAGAUUCAGAAAAAGAAAAAUUAACAUUAAUGUUUGAAAUACAGUGUCUUAAGGAGCAGUGUGAAAACCUACAGCAAGAAAAGCAAGAAGCAGUAUUAAAUUAUGAGAGUUUGCAAGAGAUUAUGGAAAUUUUACAAACAGAACUAGGGGAAUCUGCUGGAAAAAUAAGUCAAGAAUUUGAAUCCAUGAAGCAACAGCAAGCAUCUGAUGUUAAUGAACUUCAGCAGAAGCUCAGAACUGCUUUUAAGGAAAAAGAUGCUCUUCUUGAAACUGUGAAUCAUCUCCAAAGAGAAAAUGAGAAGUUAUUAUCACAAAAAGAACUUGUACCAGAACUUGAAAAUGCCACAAAAAAUCUUCAAGAAAAGAAUGAAGUGUAUUUAGUUAGUCUUAGUCAGAGAGAGUCCAUGUUACAAGAAUUUGAAGCAAAGAUAAGUUCUCUUACUGAAGAAAAAGAUGAUUUCAUAAGUAAAAUAAAAAAGUCUCAUGAAGAGAUGGAUGAUCUCCACAUAAAAUGUGAGAAGGAAAAAAGAUUAAUUAUAGAACUUAGGGAGAAAUUGCAGCAAACUACCCAGUACAACAGUGAGCUAGAACAUAAGGUAAAUGAAUUGACAGGAAGACUAGAAGAAACUUUAAAAGAAAAUAAUCAAAAUAACCAAAAGCUAGAAAAGCUUUUGGUUCAAUUGAAAACCCUCUCUGAAAACCAGGAAUCAUUGUCAUCUGAAGUAAAGUCUCUUUAUGAGGAAAACAAUAGACUAAAUUCAGAAAAGAAUCAGUUGAGUAGGGAUUUAGAGGCUUUCCUAUCUCAAAAAGGACAUUUUAUGCUUAAAGAACAUAUUUCUGAAUUAGAAAAGAAACUUCAGUUAACACUUGAAGAGCGAGAUAAUUUAAGUAAACAGUUUGAAAGUGAGCAAGUUCAGAAGUUAUUUGUCAUAACACAGUUGUAUGGUUUUCUUAAACAAAUGGAGUCAGAAGUUUCACAAGAAAAUGAAGAGCAAGAUGUUGCAAAUGUCCUACAAGCCAUAGGUAAAUCCUUAGCUAAAAUAAAUGAGGAAAAACACAACUUUCUUUCUCAAUAUGAUAAAAAGGUAGUAGAGUUAGAAAAAAAUAUUAAAUGCCUUCAAGAGGUGAAUAUAGUUCAAUGUGAGGAAUUUAGGUCUUUACUAAGAGACUGUGAACAAGAGAAAGUUCUCUUAAAGAAAGAGUUAGAAGAAACCCAAUCAGCAAAAGAGGCCCUGCAGUUUGAUUUUCUAGAAAUGAAGAAUGAUAAUGAAAAAACAAUGCUUGAAAAUAAGAAUCUUUCAAUUCAAGUUGAAGAAAUAUCGAAAAAUUUAUGUAGCAAAAUUGAAAUCCAUAAUGAAAAAGAAAAAUCUUUUAUAAAGGAACUUGAUAACCUAAGGGUAGCACUAGAAGAAAAAGAAGCCGAAUUGCAAGAUGUGAAAGCAGAGUUGAUAUUAUUAAAGGAUUGCUUAGAGAAAUCACCUUUGGUAGAAAAUGAUCAACCACCUUUGGUAAAAGAACUAGCAGAAAAAAUAGAAUAUCUAGAAAAAGAAUCCAAAGAGAAAGAGGAGAAAAUAAAUAAGAUAAAACUAGUUGCUGUGAAAGCAAAGAAAGAACUAGAUUCCAGCAAAAGAGAGGCCCAGACUCUAAAGGAAGAACUCAAAUCUGUUCAAUCAGAAAAGGAUCAAUUGUCUACUUCCAUGAGAGAUCUCAUUCAAGAUGCAGAAAACUAUAAGAAUCUUUUACUAGAAUAUGAUAAGCAGUCAGAGCAAUUGGAUAUAGAAAAAGAACGUACUAAUAAUUUUGAGCAUCAUAUAGAAGAACUUACAAGACAAUUAAGGACUUCAACUUCUCAGUGUGAAAAAUUAAAUUCUGAUAAAGAUGAUCUCCUGGCUCAUGUUGAAACACUGCAAUCUAAUGCCAAGUUAUUGGAAGAACAGAUUUUAGAAGUCCAAAAAGCCAAAGCGAUGGCAGACAAAGAGUUGGAAGCUGAAAAACUUAAGAAAGAGCAAAAGAUAAAGGAGCAUGCCAAUUCUAUAAAGGAAUUUGAAGAACUUCAGCUACAACUUCAAAAAGAAAAGAAACAGCUACAGAAAACCAUGCAAGAAUUAGAGCUGGUUAAAAAGGAUGCCCAACAAACUACAUUGAUGAAUAUGGAAAUAGCUGAUUACGAGCGUUUGAUGAAAGAACUAAAUCAAAAGUUAACUAAUAAAAACAGCAAGAUAGAAGAUUUGGAACAAGAAGUAAAAAUUCAAAAACAGAAACAAGAAGCCCUGCAAGAAGAAAUGACUUCACUACAGACUUCAUUGCAACAAUAUGAGGAAAAAAACACCAAAAUCAAGCAAUUGCUUAUGAAAACCAAGAAAGAACUGGCAGAUUUAAAGCAAACGGAAACUGAUCAAUUAAUGCUUCAAGCGUCGUUAAGGGGUGAGCUGGAAGCAUGCCAACAGCAAGUAGAAUUCUAUAAAAUUCAGCUGGCUGAGAUAACAUCUGAGAAACACAAUGUUCAUGAGCGCCUGAAGACCUCUGUAGACCAGCACCAGCGUACAUUGAGUGCAUACCAGCAGAAAGUGACAGCCCUUCAGGAAGAGUGCCGUGCUGCCAAGGUAGAACACGCUGCCAUAACCUCUGAAUUUGAGAGCUACAAAGUCCGAGUUCAUAAUGUUCUAAAACAGAAGAAAAAUAAAUCUGUGUUUCAAGUUGAAACCGAGGAAGCUAAACAAGAAAGAGAACGCCUGGAAAUGCUGGUUGACCAACUAAAAAUCAAAUUACAAGAUACCCAAAAUAAUUUACAGAUCAAUGUGUCUGAACUUCAGACAUUACAAUCUGAACACCAUACUCUGCUAGAAAGACACAACAAGAUGCUACAGGAAACUGUGUCCAAAGAGGCAGAACUCCGGGAAAAGUUAUGCUCAAUGCAAUCAGAGAACAUGAUGAUGAAGUCUGAACAUGUACAGACUGUGGGUCAUCUGACAUCCCAGAAUGAGGUCCUUCGCAACAGCUUCCGAGAUCAAGUGAGACAUUUGCAGGAAGAGCACAGAAAGACAGUGGAAACUCUGCAGCAGCAGCUUUCCAAGGUGGAGGCUCAGCUUUUACAGCUUAAGAGUGAAUCAACCACAAAAAUAGGCUCAGCUUCUUCCCACCAACCUGUGAAAAACCUUCGAGAAAAGAGAAACACAGACCUGCCCCUUCUGGACAUGCAUUGUGGGACCCGGGAGGAGGGAGAAGGAAUGGAGACAACUGAUACAGAGUCUGUAUCUUCUGCUGGCACUCACAUACAAUCUUUAGAGCAGCUACUUAAUUCUUCUGAAACUAAACUUGAGCCUCCUUUGUGGCAUGCUGACUUUACCAAAGAAGAAUUGAUGCAAAAGCUCAGUUCCACCACAAAAAGUGCCGAUCACUUAAAUGGACUGCUCAGGGAAACGGAAGCAACCAAUGCAAUCCUUAUGGAGCAAAUUAAGCUUCUCAAAAGUGAAAUUAGAAGAUUGGAAAGAAAUCAAGAGCGAGAGAAGUCCUUAGCUAACCUGGAGUACUUGAAGAACGUGUUGCUGCAGUUCAUUUUCCUAAAACCAGGUAGUGAAAGAGAAAGGCUUCUUCCUGUCAUAGAUACAAUGUUGCAGCUCAGUCCUGAAGAAAAGGGAAAACUUGCUGCAAUUGCUCAAGGUGAGGAAGAAAAUGGUUCCCGUUCCUCUGGAUGGACAUCCUAUCUGCAUAGUUGGUCUGGACUUCGAUAAAUUGAUGGAAAGAACAUUAUUUAUUAAUCAAAUAGAACCCAUUUGGCAAAAAGGAUUCACAUAUAUUGCUGUUAUUCUUUCAUCAGAAAGUGUGUAAUAAUCCAUAUCUACAUGUAUAUGUCACAUAUAUGGGGGUGGAGAAAAGUAGAUUUACAGUUGUCAUACAAAUAAAUAAUAUGGGUAAAUUCUGUGUUUAGCAUACUCACAACUGUAAGCCUAUUUUUGUCCACCCCCGUAUUUAAAAAGUCUCAGCUUGCAGUGAAAAUACAAUAGCCUGCACUGUUAAUUCCAGUCCACAGACCUUGACUGAUCCCCACCCAUGCUGCCAAGUGAAAAACCAAGAAUGAGCACUUCCUUCUCUGGAACCUCAGGACCUGCCUAUUUCUGGGCAGUACUGUGAAUUUUGACAUUAAACUAAAUUUUGGUGCUGUUACCAACUGGAAUUUAGGCUUUUAAAAUAAUUGCAAAAAUAUUUAUGGCAAAGUCAGACUUGCAGAUUGUCCUUAGUUGUAAAUCGUUAAAAAAAUUCGUUAAUUAGAACAUGAAGGAAAAUGUUUUAUUGGUAAAGUUAGCAUGUUUAUUAAGAGUCUAUAAGGUAAAAUAUAAGGUACAAUUAAUUAUGAGACUAAGUUAAAUACAAUUUAUGUAGUUAUUUACUUUAAAAUGAACUGGGUCUUUUUCCCUCUAAAGUAAGUUAUCUCAAAACUCAUUGCAUUGUAUUACUGGCUGUUGUGACACCUUGGGCUGAUUUCAUGGUGUCUCCCUCAGGUCUUGUUAUGGUUCAACUACUUCUAAGCCAUGAGUCUGUUUUGAAAAUUCUCUCCAUCUCCCUAAAUAAAAAUUUAUCAGAACAGUGACUGUAUUACUCAGCAUUUUAUCUAACUGUGAAACUGUGGUUCCCAUGUUCCAGCAGAUAAUGUAAUUCUGUAUGUUUUUCACUAGAAGGGGUUUUAGAGAGACACCUUAGAGGUCAAUGCUACAUUUCAACAGUUCUUGUGAAUAACUCUAGAUAGUGGUAUAACUUGCCUUCAAUGCCUCUGAAUAUAUAUCAUUGACUACACCAAAAUUGUGUCUUAAAUCAUAGAGUUGAGAAUUAUGGUUUUAAUAUUUAUUUGUUAAAGUACCACAUAGUAUAUUCUGUGAAAGUCUCUCUUGGGCUUUCCCAUUUAUAUUCUAAUUUUCGGUCUCAGCUGGUGAAUUAACUGUACUUUGGUUACCCAGAACAUCAGCUUCCAAUUUAAUUUAACUGACAUUUGCUGCUGAAGUGUUGAGUUUAUUUUUUUAAAAAAUAUCUCAUAUAUCUGUCCUUCCCCUUCUUUUAGAAGAACAGACCUAACUAGUGAAUGUAUUAAAGAAAAUGCAUCUGUUUCAAAGCUGACUUUAAAAGUAUAAUUUUUUACUUUAUAAAUUGUGAAUAUAAGUAUGCCAGCAGCAUACAAUGAAAUUGUAAGAGCAUUGAAAUCAAUUUUACUUUCUCUUUAAGUCUAGGCCUUUUUGAAGUCUAUAAACUUGUUUUGAAAUGUAGUGUUUACUUACGAAUGUAAUGACAAAAAUACCUUUGUGCAUGACUUCGAUUACAAAAGGAAUAUUCUUUCAUGGUUUCAGCAAUGAAAGAAAAUGUAAUGAUUAUUUUAAUAUUUCCAUUAAAUAUGUUUACUAUA